GGAAAAUUGUUUGUUUUUUUACAUUUUCACUGUACUGAAAUGUAGAUCGCUUGUCGUUGAUACAAACAACGUAUUUAUAUAAUAAUAGAUGCACUGGUGAAUUUUGAUGGUGACAAGUGAUUAUGGCUGCAUGAAAAGACAUUGAAAAUGACUCAAGAAGAUGUCAUUGAGUCGUCACCCGUGACAGCCAGGCCACAGCCACAAUCUUUCCGGCACUAUGUUGAGCAGCAGCAGCAGAUGCUGGCUAUAUCGAAACACACCGAGCCUGGAGGACCCAAACUCUGGCGGCAGAUGGUCAUCGGCUUCAUCUGUGCGGCCUGUGUCGGUUUCAUAAUGUUCAUCCUCGGAGGAAUUUUCAUCACUGAGGCGGUACAGCUCAAGUACUCAGCCACCAUCAUGCUCUGUGUUAUGGGAAUGGUCUGUGGGCUGAUCAUCAUCGUUGGAACAAUAAUCCUGGGAAAGUUGUUUAUCUCGCGGAAGUGGCGCGAGUCUCGCGGACAGGAACAGCAGCGCCCCCCAGCAGCCUGCUUUCACACGUGUUCCGUGAUUUAUACUCCGUCACAAGACCAGCUAACACAGGUUGGUCUUUCAGACCCGCCUCCAGCAUAUGAGUCUAUCGUGACGUACAACCUGCACGCUGUCCAGACCACCGGCCUGCUGGAGUCGGAUCGGGCGCCAGACAACAUCCAUCACGUGAUGAUUCUACCGCCCAAGUACGACGACAUCUCAGCACCACUUCCUGAAUACAAGGACACUCAGAUUCCACUUGAUGAUAUAGACUGAUGGUUCUUUGUCGUUCUUUGUGAUGUUCUUUAUGUUUUAUUGCUGGGUGGGAGACACAUUAUCAGGCUGCCAUCUUGUAUGAAAUCACAUUUGUAUUUUAUGGCAUCCGAGGUGGAAGUGUUUGUGUUUAAUAGCUAGUGUUUUUUUGUUGCAUUAAUAUUGCAGUACCUUUGUGAAUUCUUUCCGUAUUGCAUCAUAAGCCCUUAUGUCUCAAUUCCUUGAAGUUUUUUAUUUUGACACUAGCUGUUGUUCACAUCAAUGCCUUUGGACCCAUGACCUCUGUAAACAAAUAUUUUCAGUGUAAAUCAGCCAGUGAUUCAUACACAUUUUUAUCUUGCACCCUGUUCCACUCACUCCCCUCACAACCGCCCACCCCCAGUUAACUGAUCUUUGACCAUAUGCUGACGCUCAAACUUUUUGCGUAACAGAAUUUGUGUCGUUUGCUGACUUUUACAAGGGUUAGUGGUUAGUGAGAGAGAAGUCGAUGUAGUGGCCUUACAACUUCACAACGAGCUAUUAGAACUCACCAGCCGAUACUGGGACACGAAUCCAAUACCAAACAGCCUUACGGCCCAUUGCUUAGCCACUGACUUGUGCAUCCCUACCUUGAGAAAUAACACUGUUGUAAUAUAUACAUAGGGCCAAUGGAAAGUAGGGGGUGUAAGAGGGGGUAUUGUCAAUGUGAUGGCCCUCGGGAUGGAAAUUAGAAGGCCUGAUGGGCCUGUACCAAUUACACUGUGUGAGGGUGGGGGGUAGGGGGGUUUAGAGGGGCAUGAUCCAUCAAGAAAAGUUUCAAUUUCAGGUGUUCAAAUAUGGCCUUUUUAUCUUUUUAGCACAAUAACUGAAAAGUAGGGGAGAGAAUGUCACCCCCCCCCCCCCCCCCCCCCCCCC